AUGCAAGAACCAAGCCUGGGAAUCAUGGCCGGGUUAAGCGCAGAGGUCUCCCCCGAUCACCACCGUCAGCUCAAGGCGGAGAUUGCCACUCAUCCGCUCUACGAGCAGCUCCUGGCUGCACACGUAGCAUGCCUCCGUGUGGCCACUCCCAUCGACCAGCUUCCGCUCAUCGAUGCUCAGCUAUCUCACUCUCACCAUCUUCUACGCUCUUAUGUCUCACACCACACCCACUCUCUCUCCCCCAAUGACCGUCAAGAACUCGACAACUUCCUGGCACAGUAUUUGAUAGUUUUGUGUAGUUUCAAAGAGCAGCUUCAGCAGCAUGUCAGAGUCCACGCCGUUGAGGCUGUCAUGGCCUGUCGUGAUAUCGAAAAUACCUUACAAGCUCUAACAGGAGUGAGUUUGGGAGAAGGAACUGGUGCAACAAUGUCAGAUGAUGAAGAUGAAUUACAAAUGGAUUUCUCUUUGGAUCAAUCUAGCGCUGAAGCGCAUGAUAUGAUGGGAUUUGGUCCGUUACUUCCUACAGAAUCUGAAAGGUCACUGAUGGAAAGAGUUCGUCAGGAAUUAAAGAUUGAGCUGAAGCAGGGUUUCAAGUCAAGAAUUGAAGAUGUGAGGGAGGAAAUAUUAAGAAAACGUAGAGCUGGGAAAUUACCAGGUGACACGACUUCUGUGUUAAAGAAUUGGUGGCAGCAACAUGCAAAAUGGCCUUACCCAACUGAAGAUGACAAGGCAAAACUUGUGGAGGAGACAGGGUUGCAGCUGAAGCAAAUUAAUAAUUGGUUCAUCAAUCAAAGGAAACGCAACUGGCACAGCAACUCUCAAUCAGUUACCUCUUUGAAGUCCAAGCGCAAGAGGUAG